CGGCGGAGGCGGCGGCGGCGGCGGCGCCCGGGCGGCAGCAGCGGCAACAGCAGCAGCAGCAGCCCGCCUGAGGAGGGUGAGACGGCCGCCGUGUAGGCAGCUCGGAAGUCGGGCGGGACUGAGAGCUUCCCGCCUGCCGCUGGCGCUGAGGCUUUUUUGCCUUUUCUUAGCCUGCUGCUUCCUCACGGCCCUGGCUAGGGCUGGGCAGCGCGCCCCCGGGGAGGGGCGGAGCCGUAGAUAUGGUGUUAGGCAUUUCUUCAAGACUGAACAGCUGGAGACCUGUUAUUUCUGAGUAGCCUUAAGCAGACUUACAGCCAUUGAGAAACCUCACGGAAUUUCGUACUUUGCUUUCUGCUUUACAACUUGGCACCGAAGUUCAUCUUGCAACCAUGUAUGGAAGUGCUCGCUCAGUUGGGAAGGUGGAACCAAGCAACCAGAGCCCUGGGCGUUCACCUAGGCUUCCUCGUUCCCCUCGCUUGGGUCAUCGUCGAACCAAUAGUACAGGAGGGAGUUCUGGAAGCAGUGUUGGUGGUGGCGGUGGAAAAACCCUUUCAAUGGAGAAUAUCCAAUCCUUAAAUGCUGCUUAUGCUACAUCUGGACCUAUGUAUCUAAGUGACCAUGAAAAUGUGGGUUCAGAAACCCCUAAAAGCACCAUGACGCUUGGGCGUUCUGGGGGACGUCUGCCGUAUGGUGUCAGGAUGACUGCUAUGGGCAGUAGCCCCAAUAUAGCUAGCAGUGGGGUAGCUAGUGACACCAUAGCAUUUGGAGAGCAUCACCUCCCUCCUGUGAGUAUGGCAUCCACUGUUCCUCACUCUCUUCGUCAGGCAAGAGAUAAUACAAUCAUGGAUCUGCAGACACAGCUGAAAGAAGUGUUAAGAGAAAAUGAUCUCUUGCGGAAGGAUGUGGAAGUAAAGGAGAGCAAAUUAAGUUCUUCAAUGAAUAGCAUCAAGACUUUCUGGAGCCCAGAGCUGAAGAAAGAACGAGCCCUGAGAAAAGAUGAAGCUUCCAAAAUCACUAUUUGGAAGGAACAGUAUAGAGUGGUGCAGGAGGAAAACCAGCACAUGCAAAUGACAAUCCAGGCUCUCCAGGAUGAAUUGCGGAUCCAGAGGGACUUGAACCAGCUCUUUCAGCAAGAUAGUAGCAGUAGGACUGGUGAACCUUGUGUGACAGAACUGACUGAGGAGAACUUUCAGAGGCUACAUGCUGAGCACGAGCGGCAGGCUAAAGAGCUGUUCCUCCUUCGAAAGACUUUGGAGGAAAUGGAGCUGCGUAUUGAGACUCAGAAGCAAACCCUAAAUGCUCGGGAUGAAUCCAUCAAGAAACUUCUGGAGAUGUUGCAGAGCAAAGGGCUUUCUGCUAAGGCUACUGAAGAAGACCACGAGAGAACAAGACGACUGGCAGAGGCAGAGAUGCACGUGCACCACCUAGAGAGCCUUUUAGAGCAGAAGGAAAAAGAGAACAGUAUGUUGAGAGAGGAGAUGCACCGGAGAUUUGAGAAUGCUCCUGAUUCUGCCAAAACAAAAGCUCUGCAAACUGUUAUUGAAAUGAAGGAUUCAAAAAUUUCCUCUAUGGAGCGUGGGCUCCGAGACUUGGAAGAGGAAAUUCAGAUGCUGAAAUCAAAUGGGGCCUUGAGUACUGAAGAACGGGAGGAAGAAAUGAAACAAAUGGAGGUCUAUCGGAGCCAUUCUAAAUUUAUGAAAAAUAAGGUAGAGCAACUGAAGGAGGAACUAAGUUCGAAAGAGGCUCAAGGGGAGGAGCUGAAAAAGAGAGCGGCUGGUCUUCAGGCUGAGAUUGGUCAGGUGAAGCAGGAGCUGUCCAGAAAGGACACAGAACUACUAGCCCUACAGACAAAGCUAGAAACACUCACAAACCAGUUCUCAGACAGUAAGCAACACAUUGAAGUGCUGAAGGAGUCCUUGACUGCUAAAGAACAACGGGCUGCCAUCCUACAGACUGAGGUGGAUGCUCUCCGAUUGCGUUUGGAAGAAAAGGAAACCAUGCUGAAUAAGAAGACAAAACAAAUUCAGGAUAUGGCGGAGGAGAAGGGGACACAAGCUGGAGAGAUACAUGACCUCAAGGACAUGCUGGAUGUGAAGGAGAGGAAGGUUAAUGUUCUUCAGAAGAAGAUUGAAAAUCUUCAAGAGCAACUUAGAGAUAAGGAAAAGCAAAUGAGCAGCUUGAAAGAACGAGUCAAAUCCUUGCAGGCUGACACUACCAACACUGACACUGCCUUGACGACUUUGGAGGAGGCCCUUGCAGAGAAAGAGCGGACAAUUGAACGCUUAAAGGAGCAGCGAGACAGAGAUGAGAGAGAGAAGCAAGAGGAAAUUGAUAACUACAAAAAAGAUCUUAAAGACUUGAAAGAAAAAGUCAGCUUAUUGCAAGGCGACCUCUCAGAAAAAGAGGCUUCACUCUUGGAUCUGAAAGAGCAUGCCUCUUCCCUGGCUUCCUCAGGACUCAAAAAGGACUCACGGCUUAAGACACUGGAAAUUGCUUUGGAACAGAAGAAGGAGGAGUGUCUGAAAAUGGAAUCACAUUUGAAAAAGGCACAUGAGGCAACAUUGGAAGCCAGAGCCAGUCCAGAGAUGAGUGACCGAAUACAGCAAUUGGAGAGAGAGAUUUCCAGGUACAAAGAUGAAUCUAGCAAGGCCCAGGCAGAAGUUGACCGUCUCUUGGAAAUCUUGAAGGAGGUGGAAAAUGAGAAGAAUGACAAAGAUAAGAAGAUUGCAGAGUUGGAAAGUCUCACCUCAAGGCAAGUGAAGGACCAGAAUAAGAAGGUAGCAAAUCUGAAGCACAAGGAACAGGUGGAAAAGAAGAAGAGUGCACAGAUGCUUGAGGAGGCUCGACGAAGGGAGGACAAUCUCAAUGACAGCUCCCAACAACUACAGGACAGUCUCCGUAAGAAGGAUGACAGGAUUGAAGAGCUGGAAGAAGCACUAAGAGAGAGUGUACAGAUAACUGCAGAGCGAGAAAUGGUGCUAGCACAAGAGGAGUCAGCCAGGACCAGUGCUGAAAAACAGGUGGAGGAAUUACUGAUGGCCAUGGAGAAAGUAAAGCAAGAACUGGAGUCCAUGAAAGCAAAGCUGUCCUCCACUCAACAGUCUCUAGCAGAAAAGGAAACUCAUUUGACCAAUCUUCGGGCAGAGAGAAGGAAACACUUAGAGGAAGUUCUGGAGAUGAAGCAAGAAGCUCUUCUGGCUGCCAUUAGUGAAAAAGAUGCCAACAUAGCUCUUCUGGAGCUUUCAUCCUCUAAGAAAAAGACCCAAGAGGAAGUGGCUGCCCUGAAGCGGGAGAAGGAUCGUCUGGUGCAGCAACUCAAGCAGCAGACACAAAAUCGCAUGAAGCUAAUGGCUGACAAUUAUGAGGAUGACCACUUCAAAUCCUCCCAUUCCAAUCAAACCAAUCAUAAACCCUCCCCAGACCAGAUCAUCCAGCCCCUCUUAGAACUUGACCAAAAUAGAAGCAAAUUAAAGUUGUAUAUUGGACACCUGACAGCCCUCUGCCAUGACCGAGACCCCCUGAUCCUCCGUGGACUUACUCCACCAGCUUCCUAUAACUUGGACGAUGACCAGGCAGCUUGGGAGAAUGAGCUGCAGAAGAUGACCCAGGAACAGCUUCAGAAUGAGUUAGAAAAAGGUGAACGGGACAAUGCAGAACUACAGGAGUUUGCCAAUGCCAUUCUCCAGCAGAUAGCAGAUCAUUGCCCCGAUAUCCUGGAGCAAGUGGUCAACGCAUUAGAAGAGUCUUCCUGACCCUGCUUCAUGGGGAGUGGCCAGCCCAGCAGCCUGCUAUAGUAAAUCCGGGAGCCAAGAAAGAAGAGCUAUAAGGAACGGGCACCCAGAAACUUCUUGGCACCCAACAAACACUACAAACUGUAUCCUAUCUUGGUUGGUCCUUCAAGUGUGAUUCCAGCACCCUUUCUACAGUUGACCGCUUAACUCUGCCUUUCUACUUUGGAUAUUGUCUCUACACUAAUUUUCUUGAUGUCCAGGUUGGUAAGUGGCCAGAUUUCCGUGAAGAACUGCCAUCCAGUCAUCAGCAGUGGACUACUGUGGAAGCUGGUGGUUCUGCCCUUAACAGAGGGACAUGGAGCAGAGAGCCCUUUUUCCUUCUGUCCUUGACAUGAAAAGUAAAUCUGGAAUCUCCUUGGAGUUCAGCAUAUUGAAAGAAACUUCCCAAUGGACUAAGAGAGCUGAGUGUUCUAAUAUUACAAUAGGUGCUUUCUCCUAAAAGGGUUAAAAAUUUAAAAAAAAAAUCUUUAAAAAAGAGAGGGGAAAAGAGAACAGAGACAAAGAGAAACUGACUCUUCUUUUUACUGUCUCUUUUGCUUGCUUUCACAUGUAAUGUUUCAUGCAGGGGAGCUGCAAGGCUUCAUGAUGGCUUAGUGAACACUAAUACCCCAAGUUUGGAGUCUUUAUCCAGCCCUGUUUAUCUCACUUAUCCUUGCCCUCCUCAGCCAGUUAACAAGAGGAUAGUGUGGACAGUUCUCCCCGUGGUCCCUCUUGCUUAAGACCUUUGACCCUAUUCUAUUUAGUCUGUCAGAUCAUAUAUCUCGAUCUGAAAGAGAAGAAGGGUUUGACCUGAGGCCCUGCCGUCACCACCCGCAGCUCUGCUUCUUUAGAAGAUGACCGUUCUGUGGGGCCAGGCUGGUUUCUUCUAAAGCUCCUCUUCAUUGGCAUGCUAGAUAGACCCUUGAUGCUACCCACCACCCACGUUCCCUAUUCUUGCAGCCCAGUGUUUGCUGAUGUUCAUGACCGGCCUUCCUCCCUUCCCGCAGAACCAUGGCUUGUGCAUUGUCUAGAACCUCCUCUGGCACAAGUGAAUAUUUCUCAUCCCACACACAUUCCUUUCUCCAUUCUUUCAUGCAAAGAAUAUUUAUGAAAUGCCUACUGUGUGUAAGUCACUGUUAGGUACCCAUCCUUGAAAAAAGUCUCUCUCCAGGGAUGGAGAAGUAUAAAGGAUUCCAUGAGACAUACCUGAUUGAAUCAAAGCAGCAGAAGGCCUGCCCCUCCCCUCCCCACUCCUUUUAUCUUAGUAGAAGUCCUCUUUUCCAGAAGAAUCUUUCACAAAUGAGCCUUUCUCAUUGCUCACUGUAAUGGAAUUGAUGAGUCUGGGGAGCACGAAGCUGAGUUGCUUACUUGCCUGCAGGAUCUUAGUUGAUGGUUCAGGAUUUUUGUUGUUGUUGCUGUUACUCUACAAGAGUGUAGCGUUUGGUGGGGGGUGGCUACAGCAGUGGAUAGUGUUUUCUUAACACGUCUGCGCACACUGCAUGGAACCUGGCCAGCUCCGUGUCACAGAUCAGAAAAUUGACCCUAACAUUGCAAAUCCCAUUGAAGGUAUUGACAUCUUGAAGGGCAUUCUUCCCAAGCUUAGACAGUGGCAGUCAUAAAUAAUCAGGCACCAAGAAAGAGACUACUUAACCCAAAUCUAGCCCUUUGACCACCUCUCUGGCCAGAUGCCCACCAGACACUCACAUCUUCUGAUAAGAGUUGCUGGGCUAGAUGUGCUUCCCUUGCACUCUCCCCCUUCCCCCUCCCCAGUUAUUCCUCCAGAGAAUCUGGUGCUGCCUGUAAAGUGACCACGGCCAUCAGCCCAGUAUCUUCCCACCAGCAGCCCUCGACUGUCCCAUUAACUUAUAUGGUCAUAUCUCCAGCUGCCCUAAUUCCCUGGUGUAAAACAGUCUGUCCUGUGAGAAGCUGUAGACUGUUUCUUAUCGAAGGUUAAGUGGGCUCUGCUCAUAAACUUCUUACUGAGAUGCUUCCUGAUAGCCAGGCUGCCCAGAAGUGGGGGAGGUGGGAGAUGUAGGGAUUAGAUAGUAAGUAGUGGUCGUUUGUGCUCAGUCACCUCAAUUCUGUUUAUUUAUUGCGCUGCCCGUAAAUCAUAUAGAAAGUCCCCAGUACUUAGGCCUGAAGUAUUGGAACGUCACUUUAUCUACCAUAAUGCAGAGAACUGAGGUAUGAUGAUACCCUUCACAGGACUACAGCAGGCCAGAGCAGGCAGGCAGGAGGCCAUGCCCGGAGAAGUGAUGUGGCCCUGGCUGCCAUUCUCCAGCAGGUUUGGCAGGGGAGGGCAUCAGUCAGGUCUCACUAGAUCCUGCGCAUUCUGUCUCUACUCUCAAAUACAGUAUCUGCCACACUCACCCACCUGCUGUGUGACUCUCACUGCACUUCCUUUCGUCCCCUUUUCAUUCCAAUCCUUCCUGUUGCUUCCCCUCCAAAACCUUAUGGAAGACCUCUGGCAGUGUUUCUAAGAAGAACAACUCCUGGGACAAACAUCAUAUGUCUGGUAUCUGUGAACCGUACCAGGGAAGCACCUUGAUUCCUCUUGGGUGGUCAUCCUAGCAUCUCAAAUGGUUCUGGGGACUGUUUGGUUCUUGAUGAAAGUAGGCUCUGGCCAAACUUUAAUAACAAACAUGACCUGACUUUAUAUUAUAGGGGCAAAAUUAAUACAGUGUCUAGUACAUAGAGCAUCUUACCAAGUUGAGCUCAUUCAUCAAGCCAACUUUUACUAAAUGUGCAGUUUCCAUCACACAAAGACUUAUCAUUGCAUGACACUCCUCUGAUUUUCAUGGUUUCACAAAGUCACUCAACUGCUGGCGAAGGUCUGUAGCCUUGAAAACUCACUGCACGUUGCCUAUUCCUUUCACCAAACUCAUCUAUUCCGUUGGCAAGUCUAGUUGCCCCUUAGCACCUAGAGAUCUGUGCCCCAAAUCAAGGUCAUCAUAAAAGGGGACAGGAAGAAGAGUGGGUGGGAUCCAAUGCAGGGCUCGUGACUAAAAAAAUACAAUGUGAUUUUUUUUUCAUCUUUUCAUAUACCUCUAUCCCAGGUACUCAUUGAGUCCUUGAUGAAGUAUCUCAAUUGAGAUUUACAAGGACUUGGGUACCAUUUGAAAUGGAAAAGAUUGUAAAUGGGCUUUAAUAUAUUAAGAAAUAUGAAUGAGAAUCCCCAAAUCCAUCUCAGCUCUAACCUUUAACCUGGUAUCUUCUAGUCUAAUGAAAAGCUAAAUGCUUCUCUCCCUUACAGUUGAUCUUUAGAAAUACUAGUAAAGCAGAUGGGACCCAAGACUGCCUUCAGUGUUGACAGUGUCAGUGUGACCUGGCACCUUUUUCACCUUUUGUCACUGAAAAUCUGUUUGGUUUUCCACAAGGAGCUUGUUGGCUCACCCACUCCUCAGAAGAGGAAGAGGAAAUCAUCACAAAGUUUUAGUCAACUGCUGAGCUGAUCCCUCCCCUAUGACGUUCAGGAUUGGCAUUUGGAUUUGCUGCUAGAAAGUCCUGCUGAUCCCAGAACCAUCCUGUCCUCCCCUUUUACCCCAGUAGUGAAGCACAAGCCCACCAGCUACCCUCAGGGGUUUUGAGGAAAGAGCAAAUCAAGGAAUACGUUGCUACUUGGAAUGUGACCUUCACAUGGCGCUUCCUGAGUCAUGGUGGGCCCUGUGUCCGUCAUAUCAGUAACUUCCAUGUCUGCCUCUCCAGCCUUACCUCCCACCCACAAGAGUUCAGAGCUGUGGAAAAGCAGGUGAGGACAGAGAGUAGAUGCAGUAGGGCAUCCCACCCUUUGCCAAGCCUGCAAGGCCAACCCUCCAUCACUGCCAGUGCUUCUCAGGACAACGACUUGAACUGGUCAAAGAAUUGUUUUUAAAAGAAUCUGGAGUUUUCCCCACGUGGACUAAGGGAAUGUCUGGGCAAGAAAAAACACACACACAUUACAGGGAAAUCCUUCUGAACAAAAUGGCUGUCUUCACUUACUCUUUUUAAUCAAAAACUGUUUCCAGACUUUUUAGUGUCAAAACUGUAACCAAGUGUCUCCUGAUUUUUUCCCCAAUGUGUUUAGUGAGUGCUGUGACCCUCUUGUAGGUAUUUCUUCUCCUGACUCUUUUGGGGGAAAGGUGGUUUUAGGAUUGAUUUGGGGGGAGCGGAUCUUUGACCCAUCCCACCUCUUUUGUUUCUCUGCUUGUCAAUAUUGUCUGUGUGGUUCAGAGCAUUGGGGCAGUUACAUUGUGUCCAUUGUUGAGAUGAUUAAGAUAUUAAAAAGUAGUUUGUAGAACUGAACAGUUAAAGAGCUGUGUUUUUAAAAAAUGCAAAGCGAUAUCAUGUUAAUAAAGGAAUUCAAGCUACGGGGCAGUCGAACUCCUACCCCUUCUCCCAAGCUGGGCUGAGGUGACAGCCGGGCUCCCCACUUGGAAACACUCUCCAGGUAGGUAGGACUGCCUGGGAGACAGAGACAACUGCUGAGUCAAAGGAAUUGGAAUCUGGGGCUCUGAGGGUCCCAUUUGUGCCAGAGAUCUCCUGUACAUCCUCGGGACCUCGGGGUAGAGGUUUCGGAGGGUGUGAGCCUGUAACCACCCUCAGACCUGCCUGGGUCCCAUGUCAGUGUGCCUGAUCCUGUGUGGGAGCCCCCCCACCACGCUCCCCCAGCCUCUUUCCUGCCAGUAGGUGCUAUAGCAGCCAGCGACACCCCACCCCUGGCACGCAGGCUGAAGGGCCGCACUCACGGCUCACUUCCUUCUGCCUUCGGUCCCCGGAUGCUUUCCCUUAAAGCUUUUCAGGCCGCCCGCCACCCUGGCCAGGGCCGCCUCUCUGGACCCCGGUGGGGCAAGGACAGGAACGCGGCCAAGCCAGAGAAUUCGGCCUCCGGCUGUGAGCCCAGCUCUCCUUCCCGCGCCCGCCAGUAACUGCGAUCCGCCGUGGUGUGGCGGGCACCCCCGGCUCGCCUGCCCGGGACCCCACUGAGCGCUCAGGGCGGCCGGGGUGCAGGCCUGAUGUCCCCAGGACCUGCUCCCCUCUCUCAACGCACGGCACGACUCCUUCUAGCUUGAGUUCCUUGUGGUGACAGUAGCAGCUGCAAUGAUCAUGUCUGUGAUGCAAAUGCACCCGCUGCCUUCAAGUGUGUGUGUGUGUGUGUGUGUGUGUGUGUGUGUGUGUGACGGCCGGAGUCGUGUUACUGACAGGAUAAUGACAUUACAAACAAAUUGUGUUAUGGUCAACUUUGCCUUGAUAAUUAUUGUAAACACUUUGUCCAUUUUUUCUUUUUUAUUCACAAACUAAAUCCAUCAGGAAAUUAUAAAGUUAUUUAAAAGUUG